CGGGGCCGGGAGCCCCGGGGCGGAGCCGGUGCCGGUGCCGGAGCGGGGGCAGCGGUGGAGCAGCCCGGGCAUGGCCGGCCUGGGCAUCCCCGAGCCGGGCAGCGGCCCCGGGCCCGUCCCGGCCACCCGCGUGGAGCUCACCGUGUCCUGCAGGCACCUCCUGGACAAGGACACCUUCUCCAAAUCUGACCCACUCUGUGUGCUCUACACCCAGCGUCCCGGAUGCCGGCAGUGGCGGGAGUUUGGCCGGACCGAGGUCAUCGACAACACCCUGAACCCCGACUUUCUGCGCAAGUUCGUCCUCGACUACUUCUUCGAGGAGAAGCAGAACCUCCGCUUCGACCUGUACGAUGUGGACUCCAAGAGCCCCGAUCUCUCCAAGCACGAUUUCCUGGGCCAGGCAUUCUGCACCCUGGGAGAGAUCGUGGGCUCAGCCGGGAGCCGCCUGGAGAAGCCCCUGACAAUGGGGACAGUCACCACACACGCCCGGGGUAGGAGACCCGCUCCGGCCGUCUCCAACGGUGGCAUCCCUGGGAAGAAGUGCGGCACCAUCAUCCUCCUCGCUGAAGAGCUGGGCAACUGCCGGGACGUGGCCACAUUGCAGUUCUGCGCCAACAAGUUGGACAAGAAGGAUUUCUUCGGCAAAUCUGACCCCUUCAUGGUCUUCUACCGCAGCAACGAGGAUGGGACCUUCACCAUCUGCCACAAGACUGAGGUGGUGAGGAACACGCUGAACCCCGUCUGGCAGGCGUUCACCAUCCCCGUGCGCGCCCUCUGCAAUGGCGACUAUGACCGAGCCAUCAAGGUGGAGGUGUACGACUGGGACCGCGAUGGCAGCCACGACUUCAUCGGGGAGUUCACCACCAGCUACCGGGAGCUGGCGCGGGGGCAGAGCCAGUUCAACGUCUAUGAGGUGGUGAACCCGAGGAAGAAGAUGAAGAAGAAGAAGUACCUGAACUCAGGGACGGUGACGCUGCUGUCUUUUGCGGUGGAGUCCGAUCACACCUUCCUGGACUACAUCAGAGGCGGGACCCAAAUCAACUUCACGGUGGCCAUCGACUUCACCGCAUCCAAUGGGAACCCCUCACAGUCCACCUCGCUGCACUACCUGAGCCCCUACCAGCUCAACGCCUACACCAUGGCCCUCAAGGCGGUGGGCGAGAUCAUCCAAGACUACGACAGCGACAAGAUGUUCCCCGCCCUCGGCUUCGGCGCCAAGAUCCCACCAGAUGGCCACGUGUCCCACGAGUUCCCACUGAACGGUAACGUGGCCAACCCGGCGUGCAGCGGCAUCGAGGGCGUGCUGGAGGCGUACCACCGCAGCCUGCGCAGCGUCCAGCUCUACGGCCCCACCAACUUCGCCCCUGUAGUCAACCACGUCGCUCGCUCAGCGGCGGAGGUGCUGGAUGGGUCCCAGUACUUCGUGCUGCUCAUCAUCACCGACGGCGUCAUCUCGGAUAUGGCACAGACCAAGGAGGCCAUUGUCAACGCUGCCAAGCUCCCCAUGUCCAUCAUCAUCGUCGGCGUCGGCCAGGCUGAAUUUGAUGCCAUGGUGGAGUUGGAUGGGGACGACAUCCGCAUCUCCUCUCGCGGCAAAGUGGCCGAACGCGACAUAGUGCAGUUCGUCCCGUUCCGUGACUACGUGGAGGGCAGUGGCAGCGCGGUGCUCAGCAUGGCGCGCCUGGCCAAGGAUGUCCUGGCUGAGAUCCCCGACCAGUUCAUCUCCUACAUGAAGGCGCGUGGCAUCAAACCCCAGCCUGCACCCCCCAGCCCUGACCCCCCCGGCCCCCCCCAGCCCUGACAGCCCCAUCUGCAUCCCCCACCCCAGGCCCCGGGGGUUUCUCCAAGCUCCCUCUUUCCUUUUGCAAGGGAUGAAAGGCAGUGGGGACCUGUCUGGGACCUGGGGGGGGGCACCCCCAACCCCCAAAAUCACCCCUGACCCCAUAAAUCCCCUUUUCUGUGGUUCCUGGGGGAGGUGGGUCCCAAGCAUCUUUGGCCAUGUUGCUGGGAGGGGGCACCCCCCAUCUCCAUAAAUCACCCCUGACCCCCAAAAUCACUCUUGACCUCAUGAAUCAACUCCAACCCCCCCAAAUCCCCUUUUCUGGGGUCCCUGGGGGGGCAGGGGGUGCUGAUGGAGUUGCCUUCACUGGCAUUGGCCGAGCGUCCUUGGCAGUGGUGCUGGGGUGCACUCUGACCCCAAAAAUCAUCCUUGACCCCCAUAAGUCCCCUUUUUUGGGGAUCCCCGAGGAGGGGGUUGAUGGUGGAGAUGCCUUUGCUGGCGCUGGCCAAGCAACCUUGGCAGUGGUGCUGGGGCAGGGCACCCGCAACCCCCCCAAAAUGCCCUUUUCUGGGGUCCCCGGGGGGGGCCUUUGCUGCCUCCAGCUGAGCAUCCUUGGCCGGGGUGGCCCCCCCACUACCCAGCUGGGACCAAUAUUUGGCUUAUCCCCACCCCAGCACCCCCUGGACUGGUGCUGAGGACCAUAUCCUGAACCUUUCCCCCCCCCUCGACCCCAAAUAAAAAAAUAAAGAGAUGGGGGGUGUCCCAGCCCCCCCUCCUUGAGCACAGAGACAGCGUGGUGCGUGUCCCCCCCCAGUGACACUGGGAGCAUCUCGGUCCCCUCCCCAUGCCCUGGGUGACGCAUGGCCCCCCCCCCGACUCCGAGGCACCCCCAUCCUCCCGCAGCGAGUGCUGGCUGCUCCUGGGGGGCAUCCCAGGUCCUUUUUUUUUUGUCCCCCACCUUCACUUUUCUACAUGCAUGGUCGU